AAGCAAACGCAAAAAAAGCACAACAGAUUUGAGCAAAAGACAUUAUAUAAAGUACAUAAAAGUGAAAUUCGAUUCCAAAGUCAUGUUAAACAGCGCAAAUAACAAUUCUCUCCAGCAUCCGGUAACUGCACCAUCUGAAAUCAAUAUGAAUGGCUAUAACCGAAAGUCGCCACAAAAACGGCGUUAUGAUAUGCCAAAAUAUGCUGUUCCGCCAAAAAAGAAAACAAGUAAGGAACGCAUACCACAGCCGAAGAAUACAGUAGCAAUGCUGAAUGAGUUAAGACAUGGACUGAUUUACAAAUUGGAGUCACAGACUGGUCCGGUGCACGCACCCUUAUUUACGAUAUCCGUUGAGGUCGAUGGACAGAAAUAUUUGGGCCAGGGACGCAGUAAAAUAGCACGCAUCGAAGCAGCUGCCACCGCACUGCGAAGCUUUAUACAGUUCAAGGAUGGGGCUGUCCUGUCGCCAUUAAAGCCAUCGGGCAACCUGGACUUUACCAGCGAUGAGCAUCUCGAAAAUGGUAUUGAAAAUAAAUCCAAUCAAAUAUUGGUGAAACUCAAUGAGACGUUGGUGUUGACUAAAAAGAUUUCCAACCUUACCUCGCUUGAACAACCCACGUUGCGUCUACAAAUCUUUUGCAUGAGUCAGAAUGUUAGCAAGAGUGCCAUUGCUGUGGACGGCCAAAAGAAGGUUCCAGACAAGGGUCCGGUCAUGCUGCUCUAUGAACUCUUCAAUGAUGUUAAUUUCGAAUGCAAUAAUAUCGAUGGUGCUCAGAAUAAUUGUCGUUUCAAGAUGACGGUGACCAUAAAUGAAAAGAAAUUCGAUGGAACAGGACCUUCGAAAAAGCUGGCCAAGAAUGCCGCUGCCAAGGCAGCCCUGGCCUCGCUAUGCAACAUCUCGUACAGUCCCAUGGUUGUGCCGCAAAAGAACGUGCCACUGCCCAUCGACGACAAAUCCUCGUCCAUGGAGUUGCCACAGAUCCAUGCCGAUACAAUUGGACGUCUCGUGCUGGAGAAAUUCAUGGAGGUUAUCAAGGGCCAGGAGGCAUAUUCGCGGCGAAAGGUAUUAGCGGGCAUUGUAAUGACUGAAAACAUGAAUUUUUGUGACGCCAAAGUUAUCUCAGUUUCAACGGGCACCAAGUGCGUCAGCGGGGAGCAUAUGAGUGUGAAUGGAGCUGUCUUAAAUGAUUCUCAUGCCGAAAUAGUCUCCAGACGUUGUCUUCUCAAAUACUUGUAUGCCCAAUUGGAUCUCCAGUGCAAUCAGGCCACAGCAUAUCAGUCGAUUUUCGUGAGGAAUACUGAUGGGCAAUACCCUUAUAAACUAAAAUCCGGGGUACAUUUCCAUUUGUAUAUAAAUACAGCACCUUGUGGGGAUGCACGGAUAUUUAGUCCUCACGAAAACGACACAGGUGUUGAUAAACAUCCAAAUAGAAAAGCCCGUGGCCAAUUGCGCACCAAAAUAGAAUCCGGAGAGGGCACAAUUCCAGUCAAAAGCAGCGAUGGCAUUCAGACCUGGGAUGGGGUAUUGCAGGGACAACGCCUGCUAACCAUGUCCUGUUCGGAUAAAAUCGCUCGCUGGAACAUUGUGGGCAUACAAGGUUCCUUGCUGUCUUCCAUUAUUGAACCCGUAUACCUGCAUUCGAUCGUCCUGGGCAGCCUAUUGCAUCCGGAGCACAUGUACCGUGCCGUCUGCGGUCGAAUUGAGAAGUCAAUUCAGGGUCUGCCACCGCCGUAUCAUUUGAAUAAGCCACGGUUGGCCCUGGUCACAUCGGCGGAGCCGAGAAAUCAAGCCAAGGCACCGAAUUUUGGCAUUAAUUGGACCAUCGGUGAUACCGAACUGGAGGUGGUCAACUCUUUGACAGGUCGUACCAUUGGUGGACAAGUGUCGCGGAUCACCAAGCAGGCGUUCUUUGUUAAAUAUGGAUUUCUAAUGAAGAAUCUGCCGGGUAUUCCCGUACGCAAGGUGACCACAGAUUAUGGUCAGACCAAGGCGAAUGUUAAGGACUACCAGACGGCGAAACUUGAAUUAUUUUCGGCCUUCAAGCGUGAGGACCUUGGCAGCUGGCUGAAGAAACCAAUCGAACAAGACGAGUUCGGGCUUGUCGAAUGACUGCAUUCAGCGAUACUACUAUAUAAUAUUUAUUAUUAUAUAAAAAAGACAAAAGUAACGGCAAGCAAUUAAUAGAGUUAGAAGACAUAGAUUUUAGGGAAAGGAACAAUUCUUUUUCGCAACAACAGCGAACAACAACAGAUAAAUGUAAUAAUAUUAUUAAUUAUUAUAAUAAUAAGAAUAAUAAUCACCUGCCAACCUUGUAUUCCCAACAACAACAACAACAAUGCAACAGCAACAACAACAAUGAUAAGAAAAAC